AUGGAGCCCUACGAGGAUGGUUUUAUUGAGGAGCAGGAAGAGCAGGAGGAGGAGCGUACUGAGGAGAAGAUCAUCAAUGAAGAAUACAAAACAUGGAAGAAGAAUGCGCCGUUCUUGUAUGAUAUGAUUCUCAGCACAGCUCUGGAGUGGCCCACUCUCACGACACAAUGGCUACCCGACAAGCAAGAGGUGCCCGAUAAACCGUAUUCCACGCACCGCCUGUUGAUCGGUACACAUACGUCGAGCGACGCGCAGAACUACCUGCAAGUUGCUCACGUGCAGCUUCCUAACCCGACCACUCCCAACCCAGACGACUACGAUGAGGAGCGCGGAGAAAUCGGUGGCUAUGGCGGAAGCUCCAAGAAAGCGCCUAUGGAAAUUAAAUUCAACAUCGUCCAAAAGAUUGACCACAAGGGCGAGGUCAACAAAGCUCGGUAUCAACCACAAAACCCUAAUGUGAUCGCCACGAUGUGUACGGACGGGAGAGUCAUGAUCUGGGAUCGCUCAAAGCACCCCAGUCUGCCCACCGGCACCGUGAACCCACAGAUGGAACUUUUGGGACACACCAAGGAGGGUUUCGGUCUCAGCUGGAGCCCUCAUGCUACAGGCCACCUCGUCACGGGUAGUGAAGACAAGACUGUCCGACUCUGGGACUUGACGACGUUCACGAAGGGUAACAAGGCCCUCAAGCCUACUCGUACCUACACGCAUCAUUCCUCUAUUGUCAACGACGUUCAGUAUCACCCCCUGCACUCCUCUCUCAUUGGAACAGUAUCCGACGACAUUACCCUUCAAAUUCUCGACAUCCGAGAGGCAGAAACAACCCGUGCGGCCGCGUCGGCCGAGGGUCAGCACCGCGAUGCGAUCAAUGCCGUCGCUUUCAACCCCGCUGCGGAAACUGUCCUUGCGACUGGCUCGGCUGAUAAAACGAUCGGUCUCUGGGAUCUCCGUAACCUCAAGACCAAGCUUCACGCACUUGAAUGCCACAACGACUCGGUCACCUCGAUCUCUUGGCAUCCGUUCGAGGAGGCCGUUCUGGCUAGUGCCAGCUACGACCGGAAGAUCAUGUUCUGGGAUCUGAGCCGAGCGGGCGAGGAGCAAACUCCUGACGAUGCCCAGGAUGGACCACCCGAGCUGCUCUUCAUGCAUGGUGGACAUACCAACCGGAUCUCCGACUUCAGCUGGAACCUCAACGACCCAUGGGUUCUUUGCUCCGCUGCCGAAGACAAUCUACUACAGGUCUGGAAGGUUGCUGAUGCCAUUGUUGGCAAGGAUCUGGAAGACGUUCCGACUGAGGAGAUUGAGCCUUGA